AUGGCGGGAAUUGCGGCAGCCUCCGCGUGCUGCUGCGGGGCGCUCCUGCUCCUGGGGCGCGCGCUGACUACCGCAGGUGAACUCAAAGUGGAGAUGAUGGAAGGAGGGACUCAGAUCAUAUCCCGGAAUGACAAUGUCUCUAUAUUCUGCAAUUUCUUUGAUUCUGAACCCCACAACAUCACGAGUGUAGGUAUCACCUGGUUUCGGAAGAGUCCAACAUUUCACAAAGAAUUGAAGGUAUUUGAAUUUUUUGGAGAUCACCUAAAGGCAUUUCGGCCUGGAGCCACUGUGUCUCCAUGGAGGCUGAAGAGUGGGGAUGCUUCACUGCAGCUGCCUGGAGUCCAGCUGGAGGAAGCAGGAGAGUACCGAUGUGAGGUGGUGUCCACCCCUAAGAAGGCACACGGAAGGAUCUGGCUUAGAGUUGUGGCUUCCCCAGCCUGCAGAUUGUUACUGCAUCAAGGGACGGUGAAAGAGAAUGAAGGCAAAAAUAUUACGUGUGAGGCAAGUGGGUUCUACCCAGAAGCUAUUAAUAUAACAUGGGAGAAGUGGACCCACAAUGUUCCCCAUCAUGUAGAGAUUUUGGAGGAUGUCAACCCUGGUCCCACCAACAAGAAUGCAGAUGGUACAUUUAGUGCCACCAGCAAAUUGAAGCUGAACUCCUCUCAGGAAGACCCUGGAACUGUCUACCAGUGUGUGGUACAGCACAUGUCCUUGAAUACCCCCUGGAGGAGCAACUUUACCCUGACUUCUUGGCAGAGAUCUUCUAAAUCUGAGGCGACAGCUGUCUUUGCCAUUGAUCGGUGGAUUUGGUUAUUCAUUGGUGGUGUACUGAUUUUAUUAAUUUUCAUUCCUUGGUAAAAGAUGCUUAACAAAUCAUCUCCAGCCAUCUCUUCUCAAGUGCAUUCUGAAACACUGGAACUCCUUUGACAUUCAGACUCUGAAAAAAGAGUACCUUGCAUUCUUUUGCACUCGGGCAUGGCCAUCUUACCAGCUGCAGGAUGGGGAGGCCUGGCCUUCUGAGGGAAGUGUUAAUUUUAAUACCAUUCAACAACUAGAUCUUUUCCACAGAUAGGAGGGCAAAUGGUCUGAGGUACCUUAUGUGCAAGCCUUCUUUGCCUUGCAAGACAACUCAGAUCUUUGUCAGUGUUGUAGAAUUGACUCUGCUCCCCUAGCAGUUACAUCAGGCAAGUUCACAGAGGAUAAUUCUCCCAACCCUGAGAAACAAACCUCUAGGGAACACUCUACUGAAAAUGGUCAAAUAGGUCAUUAAUGCUUGUGAAACCCAUCUUAAA